UAAAGAUUUCUGUGCUAUUGUCAUUCGCAGUUCGCAGUCUUGGCCGUGGAUAUGUGUGAUGGAAGUUAUAUGUGCAAAUGGACAAUUGCAAGUGUUUUUAAAUAUUUACAUGUAGUGUAGUGCUGGAAUCGUAAAGAAGAUCUGGAUUUGCAUAGUUAUAAUGUCUUUGAGCAUGCAGAAUGCCACAGCAUGUGGCAGUAAUUUGCUAUCUGAGCUGUCAAAGUAUUUUGGGCAUUCUCAAUUUAAAAGUGAUUUGCAGAGGCGCGCUACUGAAGCAGUUCUGAGAGGAACUCAAGAUGUAUUUAUAUCAAUGCCAACAGGAUCAGGGAAGUCCUUGUGCUUUCAGCUUCCAGCAGUGCUCCAAGAGAAUAAAGUUGCCAUUGUUUUCUCACCCUUGCUGGCUCUAAUGAAGGAUCAAAUUGAUCAUCUCCAUAAGCAGAAGAUUGUUGCAAGUACCAUCAACUCCAAAAUGAGUGUUAAGGAAAGAACUGAAGUGAUAAAUGAUCUGAAAUGCAAAUGCCCCCGUACCCAGCUUCUUUAUGUUACUCCAGAGCAAGCCAGUACACACACGUUCAAGACCCUAAUUGGUGAGCUUCACAACUUCAGGAAGGUGUCUUACAUCAUUGUGGAUGAAGCCCAUUGUGUUAGUCAGUGGGGACAUGACUUUAGACCAGAUUACUUGAAACUAGGUCACCUUCGGAGUAAAUACAAGGAUAUUCCAUGGGUGGCAUUAACUGCCACUGCAGGCUCAGAGGUUGUUGAAGAUAUCAUUAAUCAGUUGCAGCUGCGGAAACCAGUUGGAAAAUACAAAAUGCCUUGCUACCGUUCAAAUUUGUUUUAUGAUGUUGUAUUUCAAAAUGCAAUGGCAAGACCAUUUGAGGAUUUGAAGGAUUUCAUCAGUGAGUGUCUUGGUGAAGAACAUCAUGUUGAUAAAGCAAGAAACAGAAGUUGUGGAAUAAUCUACUGUCGCACCAGAGAAGCUACAGAGGAAGUAGCAACAUACCUGACUCGUAAAGGUGUACAGACUGCAGCGUAUCAUGCAGGGCUGCGUACAAAAGAAAGAAUACGUGUACAAAACGACUGGAUGGAUGGAAAAUAUCCAGUGAUAAGUGCUACUGUAAGUUUUGGAAUGGGUGUGGAUAAAGGCUCUGUGAGAUUUGUUGUCCACUGGGGUGUACCACAGAAUGUGGCUAGUUAUUACCAAGAAUCUGGACGUGCAGGUCGAGAUGGAAAGCCAGCUUACUGCAGGAUAUACUAUUCUAAACAAGAAAGGGAUGCUGUGAAUUUUAUUCUUCGAAAGGAAAUAAGUGCUGCCAAGAAACCUAAUAAGAAAGAGAAGGCCAAAUAUGCUUAUAAAAGUUUUGAAAAGAUGGUGGAGUACUGUGAGCAAGUAAAGUGUAGGCAUGGCAUUUUUGCUGACUAUUUUGGUGAUAAAUCUCCUCCCUGUAAGGCACAGAAACAGUGUGAUGUAUGUAGAAACCCAGGAAAUGUUGAGAAAUCUAUUGAAGAGUUCUACAGACAUAUUUCUAAAGGUACUAAUAGCCUGACACUGACAGAAGAUGGAUCAGAUUUGUAUGGUGGAGGAAGAAAAGGUCAAAAGAUAGAGGCUGAGCGUUAUAAAGCAGAAGGAAAGGAGCGAGAUGGAAACAAGACAAAAAAUGACUUACAAUUUUUAAUCCAGAAACAGUUCUGUCUGCGCCGUAAAUCCUCUCAUCAAGAGAAUGAGGACACUUCUGCCAAAUACUCAAGAGUUCGUGCAGCUGAUGUUACAGGGGUCAAAGUCAAUGGACUGACAAUUAGUGCACGAGAAUCAUACCUAAGUCUGUUGGUUGAGAAUCUGAACAAAAACUAUGAACGCUCUCAUAUAGUAGAUCCAGGUCAACAUUGUCUUUCCACCACUGACAUUGAAAUGUGUGCUAUCGACAUGGAAUAUGAAGCAUUCACAUCAAACAAGGUGGCAAGUCUUUAUCGAAGACUGCUGGCCAAAAUGAUGGCAGAAAUUAAAAGAAAUACUGAUGUAAUGACACUUAAUCAGAGGCUGAAGGAAUUUAAACCCCGGGGGAACCUAUCCCUGCAUGAUGCAGUGGCUCAAGUGAAAAGUAGCCUUAAAAAUGGGAAUGGAAACAGCAACGAGCCUCUAGGAACUGUCCCUUCAUCUCAACUUCAUGAUAUUCAUUCAUGUACGCAAGUGCCUAAUAAUGUUGCUACAAAGAAUAAAAUAUAUCCAAGAAGAAUGUCAAGUUUAAAUAGAGAUUCUUUAUCACAACAGCUUUUAGAAUCUUAUUUCAAGAAGGCGGAAUCUGGAUGUUCAGAAAUUGACAGUGAGAGGUCUACGGAACACAGUUCUACAGUGACAGAUUACAGGGAAAGUGAUGGUACUAGUAAUAUUAGCUCAAGUGAAAGCAGUAUUCGAAAUGUUCCAUUUAUGGAAGACGAUGUGAAUAGUUCAGACUCUGCACAGGAAUUUGAUUGUGAAGAAUACGAUGAAGAAGAAAUAUUGAACAGUGAUAAUGAAAUUGAAAUCAGUCAGCAGGAAUGUAAUGAAACUUUGGGAGAAACUGCAGAUAACAAAACAGUGGUAAUGUAUGAGAUUACAGUGCAGCAUAAUGAACAUCUGAAUAAGACUGUAGUAAAAACAGAAGGAGUACAUAUUAAACAAGAACAGGAUAGUGAUGAAUAUUUUGAUAGGCAAGACAUGACAACUGACCUUUCCAAAGUUAAAACAGAAAAUUCUUGUAUAACACCAGGAGAAGGAAGUGAUAUGUCACUGGGCAGUCAGUUUUAUAACUGUAGAGUGAAAGAAGAAAACUCAGAUAAUUCUCACAUAUUGCCUGUUGAGAGGACUAACUGCAGGAUAGAAACUGUGACACAGAAUAGUAACGAACAGACUGCAAGAAAGAGGAAACUAUCACAGGACCUGUUUGGAGACCCCAGUGAUGAGGAAAUGUUUCUAGACUCAGAGCCUGAUGAUUGGAAUUGUUCAAACAGUAAUAAGUUGUCCCAAAAAAAACCUGCUGUUUCACUGAACUCAGGAAGAGACGUGAAACGUAACAAGAUACACACAAAUAAAAUGGACAAAAUGUCACUCCCUCUGAAGAAUACAGAUAAUAACUGCAAUAUUAAAAAAGUGUGCCAAGAGCAGGAAGUUACAUUCAAAUCUGUGAACAAAAGCCCAAGAUGUAAUGUACAAAAUAUGUCAGAAAAUGUGAAGGAUAAACAACAAGAGAUGCAAAGCAGUGGUAAUUAUAUUACAAAAGUAAAUAGACAGACUGUAGCAGACACUGUAGUGAAGCAUCUUAUGCCAUUCUAUAAGGAAAAAAGGAUAGCAUCGAGAGAUUUGUUUAAAUUGUUAGCCAGACAACUGGCACACCACUUACUUGAACACUACAGCACAGAUGAACGGACAGUCAAGAAGUUUGUUGAUGGCUUUUUUAAGAGUCACAAAACUGUCAGCACUGAAUCAGAUGUGUGCAUUUCACCUGAGAAAUGAAGCUGGAACUUAGCUGGAUUAGUUCUGUUGUAUUCACAGAGAUUGAAAGGUUUGAAUUGGUUUGAGAUUGAAUGUGAAAGUUGACUGCAUACAUUUUCCAGUCUUUCUUAUAUUAAAAAAGUUUAAGAAAUCUACCAGUACUGUGUAAAUUGUAUGGUUUAAAUCCUUGAACUCUGCAGUCAAGUGUUGUGUGGAAUUUCAUAUUGCAUAUUGCAUUACACCUAUGGACACUGAAGUGUAUCUAAUCUUCUUGAAAUCAUUUCCACCAUAUAUGUCCAUCAGACUGUUAUGUAUAGUUUUUACUGUUUAUUGUAUCAGUGAUGAAACAUUAAUUAUUUUAAAACGUAUUUUCUGUAAAUAAACUAUAUAUAUAUAUGUC